AUGGAUCAUAGACAGGAUCCCCUAGGUCUAUCAAUAAGUCAUGUGACCAACUGCGAACCCCAAGGAACCUUCCUAACCUCCUACGCUUCGAUUGAAAGUGGAGUAGCCGAAUUUUUUAAGCUAGGCGGUCCUCCAAUUUCUGGUGAAAGCAGCGAUGACAUAAGCUUAGUGGUGAUGGAACGCCAAGCAGCAAUUUCACUGUCAGUGAUGCCACCCUCUGUGGUAGUUUUCCAUCCAAUCACCACAGUGGAUGUGGGCUCACGAGCCCUAGACCUGUCGACAUCUCAAACCGUGGCUCCCAUCACCGAUACAUCUGAGUUAACUGAGUGUCUGGCCACCAACUUCCUAAUGAGCGAAUGGGUCUUUCACCGCCACCAUCGCAUAGCAUAUCCACCGUUGUCUUUACCAUCACUAGCGGUUUCUAGACCUGUCAACUUGUGUAUGUUAUAUGUCGCGGCUGCCAUCUACCGCUGCGAGUAUUACAGUCAUAGUAGCACCCAUCUCGGUCCUUCAACCAAAUUGUUUUGUCAUGCAUCAAUCUAA